UCACAAAAAGCCUCUCAGAAGCUGAUUCUCUCCAAUUCAUAAAUUCUUCUAUCUUUGAUAAUUUUCAAUCCUCCUUUAAAAUCAUCAUGGGGGCUUUCACUUUUGAAUCAGAGAACACCUCUGUUAUCCCACCAGCUAGGUUGUUCAAGGCCUUGAUUGUUGAUGCUGACAACCUCAUCCCAAAAAUUCUACCACAGGCCAUUAAGAGCACUGAAAUUGUUUCCGGAAAUGGAGGACCUGGUACCAUCAAGAAGGUUCACUUUGGUGAAGGCAGCCAAUUCAAGUAUGUUGUGCACCAAAUUGAUGCACUAGACAGUAAGAGCUUCACAUACAGUUACUCUGUGAUUGAAGGUGAUGUUCUCGGGGACUUGCUCGAGAAGAUCUCUUACGACACCAGGAUUGUUGGAGGACCAAAUGGUGGAAGCAUUUUGAAAAACACUAGUACAUAUUACACCAAGGGAAGCCAUGAGAUCAAAGAAGAGGAAGUUAAGGCAGGCAAAGAAAAGGCCUCUGGUCUGUUCAAGGCUGUUGAGGGAUACCUUGUUGCAAAUCCUGAUGCGUACAACUAAAGCUUUAAUUUGCUAUAAAUAUCAAGCAAUGUUGAGCAUUGUCUAUUGUUCCUAGUUUCUAUAAUCUGUCAACUUAUGUACUGUGGGUUUCAUGCUUUGUUGUUUUUGUUUCUUGCCAAACUCAACCUUUGGCUAGUCAUUAGUGAAGGUUGUAAUCUUUGUUUCAGUUUCAAUAAAUAUUAAUAAAAAUAAGAAAAAAUAAUUUGAUUAUACG